AUGCAGAGGGAGGAAUGGGUCGAGGGCCGAGCUCGACCCAAGCGCAAGAUGCCUUCGCUCUCCAUCAACAACCCCAUGGAGGUGCUGCGACAGCGGCUGUUGCUGGAGGUGGCACGGAAGCAGAUGCGUGAGGCGAGCCAGCGGCAGGCCGUUGCGAACAGGCUCUUUCUGCAGAACGUUGGAAAACGGGGUUAUUUGGGCAACUUGGAUUUAACCCGCUACGAGAAC